AGAGAGAGAGAGAGAGAGAGAGAAGAGAGACCACACACUGCAGCUGCAUAACUCACACACUCACACUCACACACACACACGCACACACAGAGAAUCCUGCGCCUUGUACAGUAUAUCUGGAUCAGGAGAGAGAAGAAAGUGUAAAGCCAUCAGGUCGGUAUAUCUAGACGGCUUUAGUCAUCAUGGCAUUAGGCGGAUGUGGACAGGUCUGCAAGUGGAUCGUCAUCCUGUUUAACAUACUCUUCACUUUGCUGGGUAUGGGUUUAUUAGCAGGUGGAUUGUAUCUGCGCUUCAGUGCUGACAUACCUGAAGACCUGAAAACCAACCAUUUUCUCUUUAUGGUCGGACUGUGCAUAGGCAUUAGUGUUUUGAUCCUCAUUACUGCCGUGGUUGGGGAUUAUGGCUCCUGUAGUGAGAAUAAAUCUGCGCUUGGUGGAUACUGCUUUCUGCUGUCCUUUCUUGCUACAGCAGCGGCCAUUGGAGGGGGCAUGGCAUUUGUUUACAACAAAGAGUUCUCAAACCACGUUUCAGAGUUUUACGCCACUAUCUACACCCAGUACCUGAUUACCGGAGAUGGGAUCAGAGCCUUCAUUCUCAAAUCAUUCCACAGCUCUUUUGACUGCUGUGGCCUGGGCGGAGUUGCACAGACGGUUAUGGGCGUUACCAACAUCUGUCCAGAGGAGUCUUCCAUACUGGGAAUUUCUUAUUCUACCUCUAAAAGUUGUUUGCCUCUGAUUGUGGGCGGGAUGAAGGCCUCUUCAGUGCUGACAUUUUUCAUGGUAAUCACUGGUAUCUUGGUCUUCAUUGUUGUGUGCGCUGGUUUUAUUUACCAGCAGCUGUCUCGCCCUGCCCUUGUUUCUCCUCCAUACAUUCCUCUCUCCUCAACUUCUUGUUCUCCCUCCACUGUUACCAUGUCCUCCGCUAUCCCUCCUUACUCUUUUCCAUCCCACAUCACUAAGGUUGAACAAGUCUGAUCUAAUAUAAAGCAGAAUGUACAGUCAUUUCCCUUUAUUUCCCGUCAUGUACCUGUCCUUUUCCGACUAAAACAGGUUACAAGGUGAUUAGUGAAGUUCUCUUUUCCUUCUUUUAGGUCAUAGAGCUCUAUUUGAAACUUUGAUCUUUUUGGUUCUCUUCUCUGGAUUUUUACCUCUCUCCCUCUCUCCCUCCCCCCCCCCCUCUCUCUCUCUCUCUCCAUCCCUCUGCUAGUUCCUGGUGUUGGUCUGCAGUGUCAUGCUGUGUUACAGCAUAAAGAACAGUGUGCACUAUUCACCACCUCUCUACUACUGACCCACAAAAGCUCAACGAUGCAGCAGACCAGCUUUGUGAUACUUCCAUUCUCUCACUCCUUUCUUUCCUUUUACAUCAAUUACUUCUUAUUUUUCUUCUUCUCUAACACAUCUACUCUGGUACCUGUAGUCCAUGCACUCAGCUUUUUCCCCACCUCUACCAACCUAAUUUGUUCAGCACAGUCAUCUUAGAUCCUUCUGUUGUCCACAGAAAAUCCUUCUCUCAUCUCCCCAAUAAUCAUCUCCCAGCUUAUCCUGGCUCCAAACCAAACUUUUACUUCUGUCUCUUCUUGACCUUCUCCUGGCCUUCUCUUCUUAUUUCC